AUGGUCUGCCAGCAAUUUGGUGGAAUCAAUGGAAUUGUUUUUUAUGCCAGCAGUAUUUUUGACCUAGCAGGAUUUCCUUCCACGGUCGGGAGUAUAUAUUUUGCUAUUAUUCAGGUUCUUAUUUUUAACUUGACUAGUAGUACUAGUCAUCACAACACUCAUUCUACGAGUCAAGAUUUUAGAGAUGAUCUUGUAAAUUAUGGUACAACAAGAGAUGGGUCUAAAAUCUUUGAUUGA